UAAUCCAAAUCGUACGAAACUUGUAAAAAGUGGUCAUAGUGUAUGAUGGCCCUUCGAUAUCUCAGAAAUGGGUUUCGUAGACCAUGGAUGACGUUAUCAAUUCUUGGUGGAGCUGGAGGGGCAGGUGUUGCCAUAGCAACAGACCAAGGCUACAUUGACUGGUCAUCUGUUGGGGUUGUUAGAUUUGGUCGGGCUUUCUUUUCAGCAGGUGCAAUUGUAGUGGACUAUAAAUGGAACAUGAGAGGAAAGGAGUCUGGUUCUACAGAGUACAAGGAGAUGAUGUCAACCAUUCACAAGCGGUCAGCAGAGAGACUACACAGACUGUGUUGUAAGAAUGGAGGGAUUUUCAUCAAGUUGGGUCAACACGUCGGUGCUCUUGAUUAUCUCUUGCCUGAGGAAUAUGUCAGUACAAUCAAGGUUUUACACAAUGAUGCUCCUCAGUCAUCUCUCAAGGAUAUUAAGAAGGUUGUUGCAGAGGACCUAGGGAUACCGGUGGAUGAUUUGUUUAGUGAUUUUUCUGAAGAGCCAGUAGGUACUGCUUCUUUGGCCCAGGUCCACACAGCUCUGCUUAAGAAUGGGACUAAGGUAGCAGUCAAAGUCCAACAUCCCAAUGUUAAAUCCUACUCUGAGGUGGACAUGAGAACAGUGGAGUUUCUGCUGAAUGCUGUUGCUCGAAUCUUCCCAGAAUUUGAGUUACUCUGGCUUGCACAAGAAAUGAGAGAGAAGCUUCCAAUUGAGUUAGACUUUGUCCAAGAAGGAAAGAAUGCAGAAAAGGUGGCUCAAAUGCUAAAACAUUUUAAAUUCCUGAAGGUUCCUGAUAUUUAUUGGCAACAGUCUACAUCAAGAGUAUUAACCAUGGAAUACUGCAAUGGAGGCAAGGUAGAUAACAAGGAAUACAUGGAUCAGAUGGGCAUUGAUGUCAAUCAGAUCACUAAGAAUCUUGGUAAGAUGUAUAGUGAGAUGAUAUUUGUGAAUGGAUAUGUUCACUGUGAUCCUCAUCCUGGUAAUGUUCUCAUACGACACAAUGACAAGAAAGAAGUAGAGAUAGUUCUACUAGAUCAUGGUCUUUAUCAGACACUGACAGAUGAUUUUCGUCUGGAUUACUCCCGUCUAUGGCAGUCUAUCUUAGCAGCUGAUCUUGAGGGUAUCAAACAUUAUAGUAUGGCAUUAGGGGCUGGUCAAAUGUAUGGUAUCUUUGCUUGUAUGCUGACUGCUAGAUCGUGGGAUUCAUUGGCUGUUGGUAUUGACAAGAAACAAAGGUCUGCUCAAGAGGAUCGUGAGGUUCGCGAGCAUGCAGCCCAGUACAUAUCAGAAAUCACUAAACUCCUAAACAUGGUACCAAGACAGAUGCUGCUCCUCUUCAAGACCAAUGACUUACUACGUAGUAUUGAAUAUGCAUUGGGGAGCAGCGAAAGUGCCAGUUCGUUCAUCAACAUGUCCAGAUGUUGUGUACGCUCUGUAGCUCACCAUGAAGCAUUGCAAAAAACCACUAGAUGGGGUCGUCUUAUGGUUCAUGUGCGACGAGAUGUAAAACUUCUUCAGAUAUCAGCUUAUGAGAUAUACCUCUGGUUGAUGUGUUCAUCUGUUGUGAGAUGGUUUAGAAGGACAUUUAGAAGUCUAACUACUAUUGCUAUCAGUUGAUGAAGGCUGCGGGUCUUAGUUUUCUAGAUAAAUUUAUGCAAAAAUGAAUAUGUAUUUAUAUGUUUAUAUUUAUAUGGCGUAUUAUGGAUAAUGAUAUCGCAUGUUAUAGAUAUUUAUAUGGCAUAUUAUAGAAUUUUUGUAUGAGCAAUGGUUAUCUGCUGAGAUCUAAAGGGCAUUUGCCAAAAGGUGCAAUUCACUUAAAAUCAAUUUGUUUUCAGUGAAAUUAGGAAAAUAAAAGAAAUGUCUUAUUGGAGAUAUGUUUAUGACAUACCAAAGGAUAACAAAAUAUAUACAGUUUUUUAACUGUCCAUUUGCCUUUCUUCUAAUUUUAUUUAAACCAAUUGAUAGACUUAAGUAAUUUUGAUAUUGAAUAGUGCAGACAUAGAUGUGGAUUCAUAUUUGUUAUUGUAGUGUACAUCACAGCAUUGAUGGAAGAAAUUACAAUAAUACAGAUUUAAUGAACUUAACAGGAUAUCCUAUUGUAAAACAAAAUCACUGCCAUAUAUUGCAUUCCAACAUGAAGAAAUGAAUGAAAACCAACUUGAAAAUAGGAAUUUUCAAAAUAUAAAUGUUUGAAAGUGAAUUUGGUGAAUGUUACAAGUUUUCUUGCCAUAUUUACCCUCAAUAUACAGUGUUUGGUAAAAUAAUACCGUUUUGCCAGUAAUAUAUUAUACAGUGCGGCCCAGAAAGAAAAAUGAAACUGAGAUUUAUCGAUGAUUUAUCACAACUUAA